ACUUCUGUUUCCCCCUCCUUUCACGCUUAUCGAGGUGGUAGUAUUUCUCUAGGAGUUGCACAGGCUGCUAGGAUGGCACUCACGUCGCAACCAGUCUUGUGAGCAAUAUUUGUUUUUUCGUGAAGGUGUAAAAGUCGCGCCAACAACGACUUUAAGUAGUGGCACUUGAUGUCGCCCAUUUCGGAAUGUCCAGAAAUGUCGCAUUCAUAGAAUUCGCUGCCCAAGUAUCUGGCCCAAUUCGAGCUAUUUAUGCGUCCACACGUGGCUUUAGAAAGUUCGGACUCUUAAUUUGCCAAGACAAGGCUUCUUUGUGAUGUUUCAAGCUUCGGGGCUCUAUCUUCAGGGGCCGGAUUACGAGUUCGUCUCGACAGCUCGGAGUCCUAUUCCUUGAAGUAUAACUUGAAGUUAAAAUUGCUGGAAGAGCGCAGCGCCGUUUCUCUUAGCGCCGUCCUCCUCGUUAGGGACGAUGGGUCGAGGAAGCGAUCGCGACGCGGAUUAUAGACUGCCGGACAGCAGCCGGUUCGACGAAGAGACCGUGGAGCUGUCGGUCGGCAAGCAGAUCAAGCGAUUCGUCACGGAGACGUUUCUCGGGCAGCCGUUCUGGCGAUUCAACCGGCGCGGCCGCGACGAUUCCGCGUCCACCUUCGCGGGGAGAUGGCCGAGCGGCGUCAGCUCGGGGGUGUCAGGGGUAACCACGGACGCCAGCUACUCCUACCGGUUUGGGAGGAACGGUGGGGGUUUUAAGGGAGGAGACUCAGUGCGGGGCGGUUCGGUGCGAGGCGAGGCGAUGCUGCAGCGGUCGUCAACGUUCGCCAUCUGCAUGCCGCGGAACAUGGAGCUUGCUUCGUUGAGAGUCGUCGAUCCGGAAGACGCCUAUCUGUUACUAUGGGAGCAGGUGACUCUAGCCCUCGGUUUCUACUCCGCUUUAAUCACGCCCUUCGAGUUCGCCUUCCUGGCGGACAGCAUGCCGGCGUGGCUGACGUGGCUUGACGUGGCCGUCAACUUCUGCUUCCUGGCGGAUCUGCUGCUGACGUUCUUCGUGGCAUUCAAGGACGGGCACACCUACACCCUCGUCACCAGCCACUGGAAGAUCGCUGAGAGGUAUCUGCUAUCCUACUUUCUCAUGGACCUCCUCGCUCUGUUCCCAUGGAACACUUUCUAUCAGCUGGCAGGCGCCAGCGGAGCGGCCAAUCUCCUGCAGUGGCUGCUGUGGACCCGAGUGCUCAGGAUGCGGCACCUCUUCAGAUACUUCCACAGACUGCAGAGGGACAUUCGACUCAGCUACUUCGCUGUCCGUUUCCUCAAGCUGAUCAUCGUCGAGAUGUACAUCACCCACGUGGCCGGCUGCUUCUUCUACUACCUCGCCACCACCAUGCCACCCGAGGACGAGGGCUACACGUGGAUCGGGUCCCUCACCCUGGGGAACUUUUCGUACGAGAGCUUCCGGGACGUCGACCUGUUCACGAGAUACAUAACGGCGCUGUACUGGUCGGUGGUCACCAUGGCCACCAUCGGGUACGGGGACAUUCACCCGGUGAACCCCAGGGAGAUGAUCUUCGCUAUGUUCUACAUCACCGUGGAUCUGAUCCUCUCGGCUUACCUUAUCGGCAACAUCACUGCACUGGUAGUGAAAGGCAGCAACACCACCAAGUACCGCGAGCGGAUGGCGCAGGUUAUCAAGUACAUGAACAGGAACCGCAUUCCCAGGGUGCUGAGGCACCAGAUGCGCCAGCACGUGCGCUUGCAGUUCGAGACGGACCAGGUGGAGGACAACAUUCUUAACGACUUCCCAGUCAGCAUCCGCCACAAGGUGGCGCGGGCGCUGUAUCGGCGGCUGGUGGAGCAGAGCUACAUCUUCCAGGGGUGCUCUCCCGAGUUCAUCAACCAGAUUGUCACCAAGGUCACCCCAGAGCACUACUUCCCCUCCGAGGUGGUCCUGCAGCACAGGGACUCCCCCGAGCGCCUCUACAUCAUCUGCGAGGGCAGUGUGGAGGAAACCUCCCCCUCGACUGGUGACGGGCGGCACUUCUCCGAACUCGGACCCGGCGCAAUGUUUGGCGAAGUGGCAGUGCUCUGCAACAUCCCCCAGCCGUUUGACGUCUCAGUCAUUGAGUUUUGCCAGGUGCUUCGGCUGGAGAGGAACGAUCUAAACACAGCGAUCAACAUGUUCAUGGUGGAUGGCAGGAGGAUAGUCGACAACCUGCUAGAGCGCACCACGGAGACGGGCAGCAAGUACGCACUCUUGGCGUCGGAGAUCACCUCGCUGAUCGCGCAGCAGGAGGCGGAGCUCACGAUGACCACCAUCUAUGCGGCCUCACGGGGGGACAUCGAGCACCUCAAGCGGCUCAUCAAAGCCGGGGCGAAUGCGGGCAAGGCGGACUACGACGGGCGCACGCCGCUGCAUCUGGCAGCAGCAGGGGGCUUCGACGAGGUGGUGCGGUUUCUACUAUUGGAGGGUGCGGACGUCAAUAGCAUGGAUAACUUUGGCACCACGCCGCUGCUUGAGGCGCUGAGGGCGGGCAACGACUCCACGGCCAAGAUACUGACAGACAAGAGCGGCACGGUUAACCUGCAGGAAGCAGGAACGGACCUGUGCAAUGCCGUAAUGCGGGGCGACACAGGCCUGUUGAAGAGGCUGCUAGUGAACGGGGUAAACCCCAACGCGGCAGACUACGACCUCCGCACACCCCUCCACAUCGCAUCGGCCGAGGGGUUUGUCCAGGUGGCGCGGCUGCUGGUAGAGCACGGCGCUGACGUGGCAGCCGUGGAUAGGUGGGGCAACUCGCCGCUGGACGAGGCGCGCCGAUGUGGCAGCCUGCCAUUGAUCCACCUGUUGGAAGAGGCCAUGCGGGAACGGGGCAUUGUGAUUGGUGGAGAGAGUGGGGAUGACGAUGGUGAUCAAGGGAAAGAGGAAGGGGGAGGAGGUGGACAAGUGGGACAGGGAGGAGGGGGAAAGGAUAGGGAGAAGGGAGAGGAAGCAGGGGCAGGGGCAGGGGCAGGGGCAGGAGAAAAAGGAAUUGCUGCUGCUGCAGUUGCUGCAACGGCUGCUACGGGGGCGGCCGCUUCCUCUUUCAAUGCUUCUGCUGCUGCGGGAGCAUCCCCUAUCCCAGCAGAACCCACUGCUGCUUCUCAUACUACUGCCAUUCCCGCGCCUGUUCCUGCCACCACUGCUUGUGGUGCUGCUUCCUCUGCUACUGCUGCAGCAGCUGACGGCACUUCCCAUACAUCUACCCCCUCCCCCCUCCCCCUCCCCCAUUCUCAUUCAGAAGAACCUCAUGAUACCCCCACCCUUCCUUCCAUCCCCCUCCCUCACUCUCACUCCCUCACCAACUCCCAUCCGUCCUCCCUCCCUGCACCUGCCGAUGCGGACUGGGACCGAAUCACCGAAGAUGGCUCGGCAACUCCCCGAAUCAACAUGUCAGGCUCGGUAACGCCGCUCCUGAGCGGGUCCGGCACGCCCCAGUGGAGAGGUCCGGGAGGAGCGUCACCUGGGAGGGCGCAGUGGCGGCCCCCUGGGGGUGCUGGGGUGAGGAGGACAGGGGGACGGGCCGGAGGGAUGGGGUAUGGCGGUGGUGGUGCUGCUGGUGGCGCUGGCGGUGCUGGCAUGGGAAGGCCUGUUCCUCUGGGGCCGAAGAGAAUUACUGUGUUUCCCUUUCCCCCAUGGGAGCUCAAGCCGCAAAGAGUUGGCCAACUCAUGCCACUCCCGCCCUCCAUCCCUGAUCUCCUAGCAACUGCCUCCAACAUCUUUGGUGCGCCGUUUGCUGGUUUGGUUGGGAGCGAUUCGGGGGUUGUAACUGCAAUUGAGUUGAUCCGAGACGGGGAUAAGUUAUUCCUAUUGAAGGCGAAUGAGUUGCACGGUGGUGGUACACUUUCAACUAUUCAAAGUGGAAGUGCUCAGUCAGGUGGGCAGUAGAGGUUUAUGCAUGUUGUUGGGCUGAGAAAAGCCCUUAGGAUCUUUUGCGCAGGUGUCCUUGUCUGCUGCUGCUGGUCGAAGUGUGACAUGAAGCUGAAGAAUCUCUCCAUGAGAUUCGGGUCCACACUUGAAGAGGGAGACGGAGUCACCAUCUCUGGUACUCUUCCCGUUGUUUCUUGAGUAGUCCCGGUCUCUGUCUGCAGUCCUGAGGUGUGCAGACCAGAGUUGCCGUGUUGAGUUUCUUGGGCGCUUGGUGAGCCCGUAGAGACUUUCUUGCCCUUGUUGUCCAUGUCUUGUAAUCAAUGGAGUUGUUGAAUCAAGUUGAGUUGCUGGUUGUUGAUGGAGUGUAGUUGCUGGGAGUUUUGGUGUCUGACCAGCUCUCAUACCAUGUUGGGCUGAGAAAAGCCCUUAGGAUCUUUUGCAGAGACUAAGUCCCAGCUGUAGAGACUUGAGACUUUGAGUAGUGCA